AUGGAAACAUCCAUCAUCGCGAAACUAGCAGGCAUCACAAAUGAGCUUACUUUAGCGGCCGCUAAGCUUAACUUUGACUUCACACUCAUCAAGGUGGAGGCACCCAAGGAAUACAGUGGAGUGAAUGAUAGUCUUAGUGAAGCACGACGGGAGAAUGCCGAGAAUGGUGCUCUUCAUAGGACGGCAAGGAAGCUCGGGGCUCUGUUUGACGGAAUACCUCCCUCGGCCGGGCAUUUGCUUGCAGCUUAUGGGAAGCGGGUCAGCGAAAUCUGCCAGAAGGCAAAAAUAUCCCCCCAAGACAGAGAGCGCCAUGGCAUAUUCGCUAGAUAUUGCGGUACCGACUCGGGUGGACUAUGGGCCGCCGCGACUUCUGGCACAAAUGCAAUUGCAGUUCACCUACUCGCCUGUAUGAUGGCAGAAGCAUUUAAAGCACCAGAAUCUGUUUCCCUCUGGUGUGAACUUAUUGAGCGGAGGAAGGCUGAAAUAGGAAAUACUCUGGACCAGGCUGGAUCAGUUGACAUGGCAACAUUACUUGCUUGCAAACAAGAAUUCUCCCGAUCUGAACUUGCAGCGUGGGACAACAGCGCCAGAUCCUGGAUCCAAACAGCAAACAAUAAAACGAGGGAUCAAAGAAAUACCGUAUUGCAUUACACUGACAAAACCGGCUUGGCUGUGAAUAGAGAUUUCGAGCCUUAUCAGAGUGUUACGCUUGCCUGGAAAGAUGCCAUGUCUUCGAUGGACUCAUUGAUCAUGGGUGUUCCACAGAAAGUGAGAAACGGUGCGAUACUCUUAGCAAUGAGAUCUUGGCAUCUGUAUCCGGAUUUAUGCAUCUUGGAUCAUGGUCCAGAUGUCAUAUCUCAGAAGGAUGGGCUUUUCCCAACAUCUGGGAUAAUAACCAUCGACCUUGAGCAUACAGAUGAUACUGCUGGCAGUAUUUCAUGGUCCCUGCCUCUGUCUUACUUGCGUUACUACGGAGAUCCGGUCAUUGUCAAUCAAACACUUGGGGUGGCCUCUGAUCGAAUCUCCAUGGAUCAAUUUCGCUUUGUCCUGCUUGGAUGUGUCAUUUGCACAUGGUCUAAAUUCACCAAGUCAGUUGAUGAAGCACUCGAUCUACUAAUGACACUAGUAAAAGCGCUUCGGUGGCCUGAGAGAUCAACCCCAGAUCCGUCAAAUUUACAGCGCAUGCAAAAGAUCACGAGCAAAACUUCAUGGCUGGGGCAAAUUCUGACUGCAGCUGAGGAUCUCUCAUCUGGUGGCGAGAUUGAGAGAGCGACAGCGAGAAAAUUGAUGGGAUACGGCCGUCGUUAUGAUUUCUGCAUCGGUGAUAGUGAGGUUGCAGAAAUAGUAAGCAUUGGACCAAUGACCCGUAUCGGCACAGACCCUGAUCCUCGCAGGGCCCAGCUUGGCCACGGUUCAAGGGAUAUUGGUCGCUAUUUUUCUGCAGAUAUUCUCAAGGAGGUACUCGGAAUGUAUCAUUUCGAUUACGUUAAGCUCACCGACUGGUUUGCGACGCACAUGAGAGCACUGCACCCAGUCUUCCUACGAUCAUUGCGUGGUUGUGCCUCAGCAGUCGAGAUGUAUGGACGUCUUCCUGAUGCAACCGUCGAUCCAGAAAUUAUUAGUAAGAUCUCGUUGAGCGAUGCGUCAUGGAUAUCUUCAAGAGAAGAACAGCAUUCAUCUCCCUUGCGACUGACACUCACGAGGCCAGAAGCAUUUGCGUGUAUCACUAUGUUUGAAUGCGGCCGAUUACUAGAUGUGGGGCAUUUCCAAGAAGUGUUUGCUAUCACUUCCAAUGAUGCCAUCUUCGUGGCAACUCCACUACUGGCUGACCCAUACGAAGCUCCAAUCGAUACCGAGAUCAAGCGAGUUUCAGGCAACAUUGGGAAGCCAGGCGUGUCACUCCUUGUUCCUCCACCGGAACCCAGAAUUCGAGAGGCGAACACUGGUGAAUGGAACUUAUUGAACCACAACAGCUUUUCGGGAGAGGCCGAGGACAAUUUCCCCAAAACUUCAAUGCAUCUAAGUCUUACUCAAUAUCAACAAGGCUUACUCGAUCGGACCACAAAUCAACACUACAUAGAUAACAACACGGUAUUACAUGAGGCGCUCGUUCAAGUCUUUGACAGCUCCAAAUGGGUCGGCGACUUAAACCUUUUAUCUACUCUCAGCAGUAGUCUAAUAUCUCGUGUUGAAUGUCAUUGCCGUGAAGAUGCGUCUGCCGAUGAACAGUCAUUUGAUUCAUCUCUCGCAGCUCUGCAAAAGUCAUUCAGCAUGAUUAUAGUUGAUAACUGGGAGGAGCUGCUGAUACCACCGCUGGAUCCAGCAAUUUCCGUCGUGCGAGCGGCGGACAAUUGGAUAGGCAGGCUGGCAGCCGCUGGCAUAAGUAUUCGCUUGAAGGCAGAAGAGGAGGAUCUCGGAAAGUUAGUUUUGAUAUUGUAA